GUGCGAGGAACGGAUCCGAAUGUGUGUAUGUGUGUGCGUGUGUGUGAGCGCGUGGAGUUUGCGGUAACCGUCGUUUCGUUGAACGAUCGUGUGAAGACAGUGAUGUCGUAGGGGGCUUUGGUGUGCUUGGCGGUUGUAAGCUUUCGCAUCGGAUAUCUGUAGGAGGCCGUGUGCUGCAAACAGAAUCAGGUCAUCGCUAGCUAGGGCGGCGAAUCGCGUUCGCAUCGGAUAUCCGAUCGGUGCGUCCGACAGCUGAACAUCGUACAUCGCUUCGUACAUCGCCUCGCGAUGGAGUACAUCGCGUACGGCGGGUGUGAAUUUUCGCUGUUCCUGCCGCCCAAACGAGAUCGACGAAGGUCUGAUCCCAAAGUACGGCUCUCGAUUGGGCAAGUAGUAGCAGCGAAGGUCCUAGCAAAGGGGCGGUCACGCGUGCGUCGACCCACGUGGCUCACGCGCCCACGCACGCGCGUGACUGUGUCGAAAGCGGCGGCUGCGUCUUCAGGAGGAUGA